UUGAAAAUAGGGGAUUUAAAUUCAAGAAUGGGAAGAAUGUAAAUUUUAAAGAGAGUUAUAAGAAAAUUAGGAUUUUAUGUUUUGAGCAAUCUAAUGAGAGUGACAGAUGUGAAAUGGACACCCAGAUUUCGGUGUAUUUGGGAUUGGUGGAGGGAAUAUUCAUGAUUUGGAUUUUUAGAACCAAUGUGGAGAGAUUUGCAUUUAUUUAAUGAGAUUGAAGGCCGUUAAUCACACAAUAGUUUGUAAAUUUACUCAAAAAGUUUUGGAGUGGAUCUUUGGAGUGGAUCUUUUGAUCGAUUUUGGCCGCGCUACCUUUUCAUCAAUCUACCUUUUAAGCAAUCGAUCUUUUGUUUAGGAGCCGAUAUAUCCAUAGUGCCCACUGCACAAUUGUCCGUUGUGCAAUUGUCUUUCUUUACAAUUGUCGUGUCACCGUUUUGAGCCUUUUAUUGACAUUUUUAGUUUUGUUGAUAAGCAAAACUUUUAUCAAAAAUAUUUAUUACUUUUCUUAUUUAUUAAAAAAUGAAUUUAAUUAAUUCCAAUGGUCAAUGUUCUACUAUAGUCCAAGCACUUCUUACUGACGAAUAUCAAUUAAAUAUGGCGUAUUCUUAUUGGCAGCAAGGAAUUCACAAUAAAAGAGCUCGUUUUGAAUUAUUUUUUAGAAAAAAUCCUUUUGAGGGUGAAUUUACAAUUUUUGCUGGUUUAGAGGAUUGUCUUAAUUUUGUUAAAAAUUUUAAUUUUACAGAAUCAGAUUUGGAAUUUAUUUCACAAAAAUUGGCAUAUGCUGACAAAAACUUUUUUGAAUAUCUUCGAAAAUUUAAUUGCGAAAAUAUUAUUUUAAUGGCAAUACCCGAAGGCUCUAUUGUUUUUCCUAGAAUUCCUUUAAUUAUUGUGGAAGGACCUUUGGCUGUUUGUCAAAUAAUAGAGACGACUUUGCUUAAUUUGGUUAAUUUUGCUAGUCUUGUAACUACAAAUGCUGCUAGAUUUAGACUGGCAGCAGGUGAUCAAAUUGAACUGAUGGAAUUUGGAUUGCGUCGAGCUCAGGGUCCGAAUGGAGGAUUGUCUGCAUCUAAAUAUUGUUUUGACAGUACCAGCAAUCUUUUGGCUGGCAAACUUUUUGGAAUUCCCGUUUCUGGAACAAUGGCGCAUUCUUUUUUUGAUUGGGGUAUAUCAAAAGAAGGAGUUAAUAUUGGCGAAUUAAAUGCUUUUUGUGCUUAUGCUAUUGCUCAUCCAAAUUCAUUUGUAGCUCUUAUUGAUACUUAUGACACAUUGAGAAGUGGUCUUUGUAACUUUAUUGCAGUAACAUUGGCUCUUAAUGAUUUUGGAUAUAAAUCGAUUGGUUGUCGAAUAGAUAGUGGGGACUUGGCUUAUUUAUCUAAUGAAAUUAGAAAUAGAUUUAAAUUAAUUGCUUUAAGUUUUAAAAUUGACUGGAUAACUAAUUUAAAAAUUGUAGCAUCAAAUGAUAUAAACGAAGAAACAAUCCGUUCACUUUAUAAUCAAGGACAUAAAAUUAACACUUUUGGUAUCGGCACACAUUUAGUUACUUGUCAAAAACAGCCGGCACUUGGAUGUGUUUAUAAAUUGGUUGAUUUAGAUGGAGAACCGAAAAUUAAAAUAAGUGAAGAUAUUUCAAAGAUGACAAUACCUGGACGUAAAAGUGUAUUUCGUUUGUAUGGAAAGGCUGGAUUUCCAUUGGUUGAUUUAAUGAUAUUAGAAAAUGAUGAAGAACCUAAAGUUGGUCAAGUAAAACUUUGUAUACAUCCAUGCAACCCUGUUAGACGUGCAAAUAUUAUUCCACACAGAGUUGAAAGACUUCAUAAAAUUUAUUGGAAAGACAAUUCUGUUCAACAAAUUUUGCCAAAUAUAAAAGAAAUACGUGAAUAUACUCACCAAUCAUUAGUUAAUUCACGUCCAGAUCAUCUUAGACCAUUAAAUCCAACACCUUAUAAAGUAUCUUUUAAAUAA